CCCUGAGGGCCGGAGAGCGCGGCUGUCGCAAAGCGCUGCAAAGCGCCGCCAAGCGCGGCGGAGCUGCCGUGAGGAGCGGCGGCGAUGGCGGCCUAGGGCCGGUGCGGCGGGGCCGGGGCCGGGAAGGGCUGGGCCGGGGCUCCCCCGCCGCCGCCGCCCAUGUGGCUGCAGCAGCGGCUGAAGGGGCUGCCGGGGCUGCUGUCCAGCAGCUGGGCGCGGCGCCUGCUGCUGCUGCUGGUGCUGUUGCUCGUCGCCUACUGGUACCUGGGCGCGGCGCGGGCGCGGGGCGCGGGGCGCGGGGCCGAGCCCUGGGGUCCCGCCGCGCUCUGCGUUCAGGCGGCCUCGGGCGCCUGGCGGGAGCAGACCCAGCGCGGCGAUGCGCUGCCGCUGCCUGAGGAGGCGGCCGGGGCCGGCGGGCCCCCGGGGCUGGCGGUGGCAGGCAACGGGUUCCUGCUGCUGGACGUGUCGGCCGGGCGGCUCUGGGUGCGGCCCGCGGGGCCCGCCGGGGGCCCGGCGCUCGCCACCGAGUACCCGGCGCUGGUGCGGCUGAGGGCGCUGGGCGGGCGCGGCGAGGCGCGGGCGGCGCUGGCGGCGCUGCGGGACGGGGCCGUGCGGAGGCUGCGCUGCGUCCAGACCGGGCCCGGGGCCGGCGCCGGGGACUGCGUGACGGUGCGGGAGGAGGUGGUGGCCCACCGGAGCCGGCCGCACCUCUACCUGCAGCGCAUCCGCAUCGCCAACCCCACCGCGCGGGUGGCCGCCUUCGAGGCCUCGGCUCCCGCCGCCGCGUCCGCGCUGGGCGGGCGCUUCACCACCAGCCUGGAGAAGGUGGAGGAGCGGCAGUUCCUGCUCUCCUCCGGCCGCCUGCUGCUGGCCGGCAGCCCCAAGGUGGUGCUGGUGGUGGUGGCUGCCAAGAAGCUCGUGAGCCGGGUGCAGGUCGCGCCCGAGUCGCACUUUGACGAGACCGUGCUGUCCGUGGUGUACACCUCGGAGCCCAUCGAGGUGUCCAGGCUGGAGGAGACCUUCAGCAAGCUGAGGGAGGCGGCCAAGAAAGAGAUGCUGGAGGUGAUGCAGAUGGGGGUGGAAGAUCUUUUCCAGGAGCACCAGCAGACCUGGUCUGACUUGUUCAUUUCAGGGAUUGAAAUGAGGAAGAUCACAGAUGCACACACCCCAUCCAGUGAGACUGUCAACAUGACCCUGUACUACGUGCUGUCCACUGUGCCAGCCCCCCUGCUAGACCCCCUCAUUGCUGGUGAGGACAGGGAGAAGAUUGAAGCCAGCCUGAACUACGCUGACCACUGCUUCAGCGGCCACGCCACCAUGCACGCCGAGAACCUGUGGCCACCAAAGCUCACCAGUGUCACCCAGAUCCUGCAGCUCUCAGACCUGUGGAAGCUGACUCUCCAAAAACGGGGAUGCAAGGGUCUUGUGGCAGCUGGAGUCCACGGACUCAUGCAGGGAAUGGUGCUUAGUUUUGGGGGGCUGCAGUUCACAGAAAACCAUCUUCAGUUUCAGGCUGACCCUGACGUGCUUCAUAACAGCUAUUCCUUACGUGGGAUCCAUUACAAUAAGGAUUUGAUCAGUUUAGCUGUUCUCCUGGAUGCUGAAGGAAAGCCCUUCUUGCAUGUGUCUGUGAAGUUCCAGGACAAGCCUGUCAGACUGUAUGCAUGUGAGGCAGGCUGUAUGAACGAGCCCGUGGAGCUCACCUCAGAGGCACGAGGCCACACCUUCCCUGUCAUGGUGACUCAGCCCAUCACACCACUGCUUUAUAUAUCAACAGAUUUGGUCCACUUGCAGGACUUAAGACACACACUCCACCUAAAAGCUAUUCUGGCUCAUGAGGAACACAUGGCCAAGCAAUACCCAGGCUUACCCUUCCUGUUCUGGUUCAGUGUGGCCUCCUUAAUUACUUUGUUUCAUUUGUUUCUGUUCAAACUGAUCUACAACGAGUAUUGUGGGCCGGGAGCCAAGCCCCUCUUCAGGAGUAAGGUGACUGUCCCCGACUCUGCCCGCUGAAGUGCCCCGAGGCCUCAGAGCCACAGCGCAGGGCUGACCUGACACCUCAUCCUCCUGGGCACUGCAGAGCAAACAGCUCUGCUGCCUCCUCUUAGUUGGACCUACUUCAAAUGAAGGUGAUGCAGAACUUGAUUCCAGAAACAGGGAAGAAGUGGAAGCCAGCUGAAGCUCAGAAUCUGUAGCAGUAAGCAAGAUAGAUGGUCUUGAAAUAACACCCUGUUCCAUUAAUUGAAUGGGAACAUCCCCACAUCCAAGUGAACUUAGUCCUGCUUUCAGCCUCCAUUUGCACAAGACACCUGACAAUGUUGCAGCUGAGAACAAGGACCAUUUGAAAGCAACAAUCCUUUUGUGCCUUGUUAUUACAGGAAUCUGAGGCUUGGAAGGUGUGGUGAUUCAGUUGUUUAUGCCAGAAGCUUGUGUAACAGAUGUUUCCUUUCCCUGCAAGCUGUUCAGUUCCGUAGGAGUUCUCCAUUUGGUGAAAAUACUUGAAGAUAUACUAAGACCUUUGAUAUUUUGAUCUGUUGGGGUUUUUUUUAAUUCUACAGAAAAAAUAAAGGAUGAUGAUUCCCUUCUGAGAGUUAACUAGAAAACUUUAGUGUACUUCCUUUCUGGUAUACAGUUUGUAAUUUAUUGCUUGGGGGGAGGGGGAGUAUGUUAAUUUUUCCUCCACUUCAGUAACAGUCAAUUGACCUGUUGAUAUCUAACAAUCCUAACUGCUGAUAAGUUCUCUUAACAGGUGUUUCAGCCUUUAUGACUGUAGAGUGCAAAAUCAAUUUAAUGAAAUUGUUUUCUGGACAUGCACUUGGAAAUGCUGAUCUACACGUUUCCUAUUCUAAGCCUAUUGAGACUUUGUGCAUUGAUUUGUUUUGGCUAUGGGGGAAGACACCCCACUUCCUAGUGACUUACAGAUUGGUUGGUUUUAAAAUACCAAAGCUGUUGUUUCUAAAUAAAUAUCUUUCAGUCUAAGCUGA